CGGCUGGUGACUCAUUUGUCCAACGAACGCGUAAUUAGGGAUUUUGCGGUGCCAAAAAUGGCGGAAUCCGAAGAGGCUCUCGGAUCUCUCACUGAAGAUGAGCGUCGGGCGCUACGCGGUAGCAAAUUUGCGCCACUACCUGCGCCGCCGCCUUCUGCUUUCCAUUCGCAGCCUAGGUUGGCUCACCCGAAUGGACCUAUGACAACUAACAAAGCUGCUGCUCUAGCAAAAUUCCUUGAAAGAAAGCUUCAACAGCCUGAUGGUUUAAGCAGUUUGGAUCCUAAACAUGUGGAACUUGCUGUAAAAAAUGCUAAAGAAGUUGCUGUUCCUAGUAAAGGUACAUCUUCAGCAUUCAGAAGUAAAAUAAGGCAUGUUGCUUCAUUUGAAGAUUCAGACUCUGAGACUUUUGAAGAAUUAGAUAGAGCAGAAAAGAAGAAGAAAAGGAAAAAGACAAAAAGGGAAUUUGAAGUGGAUAAUGCAGAAGAGAAGAAAAAGAAAAAGAAGAAGAAGAAAAAGGAGAAGAAGAAGGUUUUACUGAGCCCCAAAACUCACAAGACAGGAAAAUGAAAGAAGCUCAAGUCGUGACUCUUACUUUUCACAAUCUGGCUAGGAAUGCUGCAUUUGCCUACAGUCGCCGGAUCAAAGACAGCAAUCAAUUGACAGCAGUGGAUUUAAGAUAACCAUUGGGAGCCUCAAUCACAACAUGUUACAGAAUAUACUUUGCAGGUUGUAGAAAGUGGAAACAAAUGCACGAUUAAUGUUUGGGUUUAGGCGUUUAGCUGGCAACUAUUUAUGCAGCCUAUCAAAAAGUUUAACCUUGAGUAGGGUUGUAAGAAACCUGUUUAUUUAAAGAUCUCACGUCAAUCAGUUCCAAGUAUGUAUGAAAUGUUGUCAUGAAAGUUAUUCUGCCAACUUUAAAAUUUUGAAUUGUAUGAAAUAAAUAUUGCAUUUCUAAAUAGUCAUAUAUUACAGUUCCAAAUAA